AUGGCGAAAGACGGCACGAAGACGGAUUUAGACGGAACUGGAAACGAGUUUCUGACUUACGAUGAGUAUUUAGACUCUAAGAUAACGCCGUUAGACCUUUAUUACCUCGAGGAUGAGAAGUUGGCUCGCCAGGUGGUGGAGCUGGGCCUCAGGGGCACUGGCGAGGUCUGGAAGAGAGAGGAAUUCGAGAGCAGGAAAGCAGCUGCUCAGGCCUCCAGGCUCUCCAAAAGGAGCGAGCAAAAUUGCCAUCGCCUUCGUGGAAAAAGUCCACGUGGAAGAAGGUCCAAUGUAAAAUACAGUUUAAACAUCUGCUUGAGGACCCUGGCAAGUGCAGGAAAAGAACUCAAAGACAACUUCCUGAGAGCCCUGGCCGAGCGUGAAGAGGCCAACCGCAGUGGGAAAAAUCAUUCCAUAAUUUUCAUAAGGGACCACAGUGCUUGUGGACAGGAAAUAUCUGGGUAUAUAGACUAUGCUCACAGACUCAAAUGUGAAGACUUUGAACCAUAUUUCAGUGGGAAAAAAAGGCUUUUGCCACGACCAACUGACUUAAGUUUCUACAACUGGAAAACAAAUGAAGUAGCUUCGAGUGACAGUGCAAACUACCAGGUGAUUACUGACAAGCAAACUGCUGUACUUUUCAAGAAUAAGAAGGACCGAAAUAUUGUGAAUGUUGACCCACAGGCAUCACCUUGUGAACACUCACCCAGAAUACCCAUUAAGUCUGACCUCUAUCUUCAUGUUGUCAUCUUUGACCAUUAUAUCAAGUGUAUAAUCUGA